AUGUCGUGCCAGAAGGGAAAAUACCAUGAUGAGCUCAUCGCCAUUGCUGACCAUCUCGGUACCCCUGGAAAGGGUAUUCUCGUUGCUGAAGAAUCAACUGGCACCAUCAGCAAGCAGUCGUUCGACAUCAAUGUUGAAGAUGUCGAGUCCCAGAAGGGUGCCAUCCUCAAACAUCUCUUUGCCAAGUCCAAAGAUUUCACGUUCCUUAGUGGAGUGAUUCUCGAUGAGGAAACUCUUCUUCAGAAGCCUGCUGAUGGUAAGCCCUUCGUUGAUAUCCUGAAGGAAGGCGGGGCACUUGCUGGCAUUAAGGUUGACAAGGGCACAGUUGAGCUCGCUAGCACAAACGGCGAGACCACCACUCAGGGUCUCGAUGGCCUUGCUGAGCGAUGCCAACAAUACUAUGCAGCCGGUGCUCGAUUUGCCAUAUGGCGUGCUGUGUUCAAGAUCGGCCCAAAUGAGCCAUCUCAGCUUGCUGUUAAUGAAAAUGCAAAUGGACUGGCAAGGUUCGCCAUUAUCUGCCAGGAGAAUGGUCUAGUCCCCAUUGUGGAGCCCGAGAUCCUGGUUGAUGGUUCCCACGGCAUUAACAAGUGCGCUGAGGUGACCGAGCGUGUCCUCGUUGCUUGCUACAAGGCCCUACAUGAUCACCAUGUGCUCGUUGAGGGAACCUUGUUGCAGACCAACAUGGUCACCCCUGGAUCGGAAGCCUACAAGCUCCCUCCUGACAUCAUUGCUGAGUACACUGUCCUUGCCAUGCUGCGAACCGUGCCUGCUGUUGUUCCAGCCGUCUUAUUCUUGGCCAGUGGGCAGAGCGAGGGGGAUGCCGUCCUCAACCUCAAUGCCAUGAACAAGCCCAAGAGCAAGAAGCCAAGGAAAAGUCUCCAUACCACAAGCAAGCGCAUUGUCAAGAAGCCAUGGAGCCUCUCCUUCUCCUUCGGUCAGGCUCCACAGCAAAGCAUCUUGAAGGCCUGGGAUGGAAUGGAAGAGAACUUUCCUAAGGCACAGGCCGCAUUGCUCAGGAGAUGCAAGGUAAACUCAGAGGCGGCUCUUGGAACUUACAAAGGCACAGCUCAACUCGAUGAGGAGGCGGUGCUCAGAACUUACAAGGGCAAAGCUAAACUUGUCGAGGGCACUUCCGGUUCUCAUGAUGUUUGA